CGUGCCCGCCCCGUCGCUCUAUCUGCUCCAGCGGGCGCCUCUCGUCGCCUAUGCGCUGCCGCAGCGUGGGACGGUGUCGCCUGAGCCUCGCACAAAUACUCCCAACGCGUCGCCGUGCCCGUCGUCGCACCCAUGGCCGUCGCAUCGCGGGCGACAGGACGGCUGAAUGUGCCAGCGCUGCUGCUCGUCUGGGGCAGAGGGCCUGAGUGGCUCGUCAUGCUCGCCAAAGCCCGCUCGAAUCAGCUGCCUCAGCACGCUCCGGUCAGCCUAAGCCAACGCAUGCAGCUACACAAGGUUGCAGGUAGAGCCCUCGAUCGCUGUCCAAUCUAUCCCCUCCGGCGCGCUCCAAACAUCUUGCUUUCGAGCCCGCCAAGCCCUUCUUCAGGCAGUGCCGCCGCUGCUUAGGCUCUGCAAUCGCCCCCAGCCCGGGACCACCAUGCAGGCAACUUGUCGUGGGUGCCCCUGGCCCGCUCCUUCGCCAA